AUGGCUUUAACCUUUGCUGAAGAGAUAAAGCUCAACUGUUGGAGCAGUUCUGAAAGGAGGAAGGAAAAAUCAAGAGAUGCUGCAAGAUGCAGGAGAAGCAAAGAGACUGAAGUAUUCUAUGAGCUGGCCCAUGAACUGCCUUUACCUCACAAUAUUAGUUCACACCUGGACAAGGCAUCUAUAAUGCGUCUUGCAAUCAGUUUCUUGCGGACACACAAGCUGUUGUCUUCAGUCUGCACUGACACCGAGACUGAAAUUGAGACGGAUCAGCAAAUGGACAACUUGUACCUGAAGGCUUUGGAGGGAUUUAUUACUGUGAUCACACAGGAUGGAGACAUGAUCUUUUUGUCAGAGAACAUCAGCAAAUACAUGGGUCUGACACAGGUGGAAUUGACUGGACACAGCAUUUUUGAUUUCACCCAUCCAUGUGAUCACGAAGAAAUUCGAGAAAACUUGAGCCUGAAAAAUGGUCCAGGCUUUGGGAAAAAAAAUAAAGAGAUGUCCAUGGAACGUGACUUCUUUAUGAGAAUGAAAUGCACGGUUACCAACAGAGGUAGAACAGUCAAUCUGAAAUCUGCCACAUGGAAGGUUUUGCACUGCACUGGGCAAAUGAAGGUCUAUAAUACAUGCCCUCCACAUGCCCUGUGUGGCUAUAAGGAGCCUCUCUUAUCCUGCCUCAUAUUAAUGUGUGAGCCUAUUCAGCACCCUUCCAACACUGAUAUUCCACUGGAUAGCAAGACAUUCCUGAGCCGUCAUAGCAUGGACAUGAAAUUCACCUACUGCGAUGACAGAAUAACUGAAUUGGUUGGAUACCAUCCUGAGGAGCUGCUGGGCCGUUCAGCAUACGAGUUCUAUCAUGCAUUGGAUUCUGAGAAUAUGACCAAAAGUCAUCAGAACUUGUGUGCCAAAGGCCAAGUGAUCACUGGACAGUACCGCAUGCUUGCCAAACAUGGUGGCUAUGUGUGGCUGGAGACCCAAGGAACAGUUAUCUACAACACACGCAACUUGCAGCCUCAGUGCAUCAUCUGUGUCAACUAUGUUCUGAGUGAAAUUGAGAGCAACGAUAUUGUGUUCUCCAUGGAUCAGACAGAGUCGCUGUUUAAGCCUCGCAUGAUGGCAAUGAAUCCAAGUGCGUUUGACAAUGGUGACCCAGGAGUGGAUAAGAGUGAUUUCUUGUUCACCAAGCUGAAAGAAGAACCAGAGGAACUGGCCCAGUUGGCACCAACACCAGGCGAUGCUAUCAUAUCUCUUGACUUUGGGACGCAAAAGUUUGAGGAAAUCUCUACCUACAACAAAACUGUGAUGACCCCAAACAAGCCGUGGACUCCAGAAGCCAAGAGCCAAGCUCCCCAGGCUGAAAACCUGAGCGUGCCAUCAUUUACACUGCCCCAGGUGGCCCCCGGCAGCAGCACUCCCAGUGCAAGCAGCAACAGCAGCUGUUCCACCCCCAGUAGCCCUGGAGACUAUUACACUUCCUUGGAUGAAGACCUGAAGAUUGAAAUGAUCGAGAAACUUUUUGCCAUGGACACAGAUGCCAAAAACCAAUGCAACUCACAGACUGACUUCAAUGAGCUGGACCUUGAAACCUUAGCUCCUUACAUUCCCAUGGAUGGAGAAGAUUUCCAGCUCAGUCCUAUCUGCCAAGAAGAACGUCCUCUUGCUGAAAGCGCCCAGCUCACACAGCAGAGCUUAAGUAACAUGAGCAGCCUCUUUCAGCCCCUUGCUCCUCCCUCACAAAACCAGUUCCUUCCAGAAAAAUACUGCCAACAGAUGUCUAGCAAAAACAUGAACACUGGCCAGGAAACUGGGCCGUCAGCCUUCUUCCACCAUGGGAGCCAGUCAUCAUCGUUGCUGUCCUACUAUGCACAAGCCAGCACUCCACUGUCUUCAAUGGGUGGAAGACCAAAUACUCAGUGGCCACCUGACCCUCCAUUACAAUACAUCCCUACAAAAUGGAGGGUAGUGGGCAACAAGUGCUCUGGACCCCUCGCCAGCUGUCCAUCAGGACCACCAUUGCAUUUGCCUAACAUGGACUCAUAUAAGAAAAGGUCACUGGAGAGCUUUGGACGGCGGGACAUAGAUAUAAACACUUCGCGGACGGCUCUUGCCAACAGCUUGAAGCUGAAGCGGCAGCUGGACUACGAGGAGCAAGCAUUUCAGCAUCCCAAUGGGACACAGGGAGACCCCUCUGGCAUCAACCCAGCUCACCUAAUGUGGAAAAGGAUGAAAAUUCUCAAAGGUGAAAACUGUGCAUUGCUCACAGAGAGGAAGUCACUCAGCACAAGUGUCCUUAAUGAUGAGUUUCUUUGUAAACCACAAAGAGGCUCAGGCCAGCUACUGAACAUGGCACAGCAGCAGCCGCAGCUGCCCCCCUCCUCUGGGAACCCUGCUGAUCAUCCUAAAGCCAUAUUAUCCCCCCACUUCUACAGUUCCCCUUAUCAAGACUUCCGUGUGCCACAAGCUCAUAGGAUGUCAGGAGUAGCAAGUCGCCUACUUGGCCCAUCGUUUGAACCUUAUUUGUUGCCAGAAUUGACCAGGUAUGACUGUGAGGUUAAUGUCCCGGUGCUGGGCAGCUCAACACUUCUGCAGGGGAGUGAACUGCUGCGAGCCCUCGACCAGGCAACCUGAGCCCACUCUGCAGGCUUCCCAGGCCUGUGACUGCUCCAAACAGCUUCAGUUUUUAAAUCUAUUUUUGCAAGUAGAUAAUUUCUAAUAUUGAUUACACUGUUACAAGAUUUUACUUACCUAUUGAACUUGUCAUAUUACCAAAUA